AAAAUGUUUGAAUAUGGUUACAAGUCGCAGUACAUUGGUGGCCAGAAGGAGAAAUUUGUGAGGUUGGAUGAAUUGGAUUCUACAUUAUCGAUGUCUUCUAGUACUGGUGGAAUGAAGCGAUGUGGAUUUAAUUUGGAGAAGUUAAACCUUCCUGGUCGUGCAAAGAAAAAAACAUCACAAUCUUUUAGGUACAGUGUGAAAAUUGGAUCAGAUGGACUAAAAACAUUUGGACGGUCACUCCGAUCGGGCGUCAGCCGGGCAGUGUUCCCAGAAGAUCUUAAAGUAUCUGAGAAAAAGAUAUUUGACCCCCAAGAUAAAUCCCUCCUGUUAUGGAAUAGGCUUUUUGUCAUAUCUUGUAUUCUUGCAGUAUCUAUUGAUCCUUUGUUUUUCUAUCUUCCUGUCUUCAAUCAUGCCUCAAAUUGCCUUGGUAUGGAUACAAAGUUAGCUGUCACAACUACGACUUUGCGGACAAUUCUUGAUGCUUUCUAUCUUAUUCGUAUGGCUCUUCAGUUUCGCACAGCUUAUAUUGCACCAUCCUCUCGGGUUUUUGGACGAGGUGAACUUGUGAUAGAUCCUGCACAGAUAGCUAAGCGAUAUCUACAGCGUUAUUUCAUUGUUGAUUUACUUUCUGUGCUACCCCUACCACAGAUUGUGGUGUGGAAAUUCCUUCAAAGAUCAAAGGGUUCAGAAGUAUUGGCUACAAAACAGGACUUGCUACAUGUUGUCCUAUUUCAAUAUAUUCCAAGAUUUGCUCGCUUUUUUCCUUUGAAUGCAGAACUUAAAAAGACUGCUGGUGUUUUUGCUGAAAGUGCUUUGGUUGGUGCUGCAUACUAUUUGCUUUGGUAUAUGCUUUCCAGCCAUAUAGCCGGGGCUUUUUGGUACUUAUUUGCUGUUGAGCGUAAUGACACUUGCUGGCGGAAAGCCUGUACAGAUAGCGGGAAGUGUGACAUAAAUUACUUGUAUUGCGGGAAUAAGCAUAUGAAAGGCUAUAGUAAUUGGAAAAAGAUCAGUGAAGGUGUUCUUGGUAGUCAUUGCUCUAUUGUUGAUGAUAAUUCACCGUUCAAUUAUGGAAUUUACACACAGGCUAUAUCAUCUGGCAUAGUUUCAUCAAGGAAUUUUUUCUCUAAAUUUUGCUACUGUUUGUGGUGGGGACUGCAAAAUUUGAGCACCCUUGGUCAGGGGCUUCUAACCAGUACCUAUCCUGGAGAAAUUCUAUUUUCCAUAUUAAUAGCAAUUUCCGGGCUUCUACUAUUUGCACUUCUGAUUGGCAAUAUGCAGACCUACCUCCAAUCUCUUACAGUUCAUGUUGAGGAGAUGAGGAUCAAAAGGCGUGACUCUGAACAGUGGAUGCAUCACCGCUUGCUUCCUCAGGAUCUUAGGGAGCGAGUUAGGCGCUAUGACCAAUACAAGUGGUUGGAAACACGAGGAGUAGAUGAAGAGAGCUUAGUCCAGAGUUUACCAAAAGAUCUCAGGAGAGAUAUCAAACGACAUCUUUGUUUGAAUUUGGUGAGAAGGGUUCCUUUGUUUGCCAAUAUGGAUGAGCGGUUGCUUGAUGCCAUUUGUGAGCGACUGAAGCCAAGUUUAUACACAGAGAGAACCUACAUAGUCCGGGAAGGAGACCCCGUGGAUGAGAUGCUCUUUAUCAUACGAGGCCGCCUGGAGAGUGUCACCACAGAUGGUGGGAGGAGUGGAUUUUUCAACCGAGGUCUGCUUAAAGAAGGGGACUUCUGUGGAGAGGAGCUUUUAACAUGGGCAUUGGACCCUAAAGCUGGUUCCAACUUACCAUCCUCUACUCGGACAGUGAAGGCUUUAACAGAGGUGGAAGCCUUUGCCUUGGAAGCAGAGGAGAUGAGAUUUGUGGCCAGUCAGUUUAGGCGCCUUCAUAGUAGGCAGGUUCAGCACACCUUCCGUUUCUACUCACAGCAAUGGAGGACAUGGGCAGCCUGCUUCAUCCAGGCUACUUGGCGCCGGUAUGCCAAGAGGAAAUUGGCGGAACGCCGCCGCCAAGAAAAGGCAGGAGAAGAAGAAGAAGAAGUAUACUACAAUGAAGAAAAUGAUGAUGUAAGGGCAUCGGUUUCGCGAAGUAAUAGUACAUCAAGGCUUGGUGCAACUAUCUUAGCUUCCCGCUUUGCAGCUAAUGCUCUUCGUGGUCAUAGACUUCGCAACCCGAGUGGCAGGGGCUUGGUGAGGCUGCCAAAGCCUCCCGAGCCUGACUUCACUGCUUAUGAUGCAGAGAGUUAG